GAGUAAACCGGAUAAGAUGUGAUUCGGUUUUUUGAUUGCGUAAAAAAAAUCAAAUUAAAUUAACAAUUUAGACCCUACAAAGUGGUUAGAGUUGCCGAUAAAUAAUUCCCGUAAUUUAAGUGGUCACAAUCAACUUCACAAAUGAUCACAAUCAUCAACAUUUACGUGUUUACAAUUUACUGUGAUCGAUCUUGGAUUGAAAUUGGUUGAUCCCAAUCCCUUUAAUCAACAAUAUUAAACUGCUACUUUAAAUUGUCCAUCUAAAUUAAUCUAAUCCUUUAAUCCCAUAAACAAAUCCCAAUUGUUUUCAUUAGACAAAAACAAAACUUUUUCAUCUCAUUUUGUUUGUUUGUGUGUUAACCCAGGAUUAACUGGAUUAAUCGUCUUAAUCAACCAAAUUACAGCUUUAAAUCAACACUUAGCAACAAAUUAAAAUCUUAUCAUUAACUAAUUAAACAACAACAAAACUUUUCAUUGAAUUAUGGAACCCGGAAAAAAGUUACUAACCAUAAUAUGGUUUAAUUUAAUUGUUUACCUUAACCUUAAUUGUUUGGCAGAAAGUGAUGUUAAUAGGACAUUAAUGACAACUCAAUCAACACCAAUAACAGUAAAUGAUGAUUUAUCUACAUCAACACCACCUUCAAUCACCACAACCGCCUCUUCAUCAACCUUUUCAUCCUCAUCACAAUCAACAUCUUCAACCUCCACAUCAACACCAAUCCCAACAACAAUCAAAUCAACAACAACACCACCAUUACCAUCAACACAAUCAUCUGAACCUCGAGCUCAACAAGCCUGUGGAUAUAAUCAAUAUCGUAAUGAUAGUCCAUUAACGGAACGUAUCGUUGGUGGUAAUAACUCAAUUAUCGGAGAAUGGCCUUGGCAGGUAUCACUUCGGCUGAUCCAUCCUCAAGUCGGUAAGAUUGGCCAUUGGUGCGGUGGGGUUUUAAUUGAUCGACAGUGGGUUAUGACCGCAGCUCAUUGUAUGUUAAACCCCGUGUUUGCUUUACCUCAACCCAUUUUCUGGGAAGUUCGUGUUGGUGAACAUAAUAUGAAAUUAACUGAAACUCAUGAGAAAACUUAUUCAGUAACUAAGCUUUUCCAUUAUCCAUGGUACCGUGGAUACGAUAAUGAUAUCGCCCUCAUGAAAUUAAGCGAACCCGUUGAAACAAAUGAACAUGUUUCGCCGAUAUGUUUACCUGAAGAUCCACAUUUUGACUUUUAUAACGUUGAAUGUGUUGCUACUGGUUGGGGAAAAGUUGAUUACAAUAAACGAGCCGCUGAUGUAUUACAGAAAGUGGAGAUUAAGGUGUUCGACAAUGAAGAAUGUCAAAAAGCGUAUUUUCCAAAAUUCAAAAUCUCAAUUCGACAUUGGCAUCUAUGCGCUGGAACCAAGGAAGGCGGAAAAGGAACUUGUCAUGGCGAUUCUGGUGGACCACUUCAAUGUAAAGUCGGCAAUCAAUGGCAUCUCGCUGGAAUCACUUCCUUUGGAUCGGGUUGUGCUAAGCCAGGAUUCCCCGAUGUUUAUACUCGAGUUACUCAUUUCCUUGAAUGGAUCAAUCAAAUCAAGACACUUUACUAAAGAGACAAUUAACUCUCAACUUAAUUCUUUACCUCUUCUUAAUCACGACUAUUAAUUUAUUUCCAAUUUUCUCUUUUAUCUUUUUCUUGUGAUUAAAAAACCUUUUUUUCUUCAAUAAAAAAAUCGACCUUAAUUCUCAAAAACUAAA